AUGUCACAUCUCACACCAACGGGCGACUCAAAGUCCAGUGGAUGGCCCAAGUCACAGAUGGAUCUAAGCCGAAGCUGCCGUGAUUGCCGGUCCGUGAGGAGCAGCUUUCCCUUCGGCAAGCGAAGCAAAACUCUCAGCCAGGCACUUGGGCAGACAUUCGACCAGCAUGUCUUGGGCGGCUACCGAUUCCUGAUGCGCCACUACCGGCAGCGGAGCAGCGACAUCUACAUAUUUGGCUUCUCACGGGGAGCAUACAUGGCUAUGUUCCUGGCCGAGAGGCUUGAUUAUGCUGGCUUGCUAGGCCGGGGCAAUGAGGAGAUGAUCCCGCUGAUCUGGGAGGCGUUCUUGCAGGUGAAGCUGGCUCGCUAUCGUACGCCUGAUCGCCGGAAAGUGGCAGGAGAGUAUCUGAGGCAUUGCCGCAAGACACCGUGUCAGCCUGUAGAUCGGAUCAGGUUUUUGGCCCUCUUUGAUACGGUGAAUAGUGUCACGGGUUUCGAGGUCUUGAACGAUAGCCGGUCAAGUGCGCGCGUGAUUCGACAUGCGGUAAGUCUUGAUGAGCGCCGCGUGAAGUUCCAGCCGGUUUUGCUGGGAUUUGCGGAAACCUCUGUUCGGGCUUCGAGUCCGGUCCUAAUGGAUGCAGAUGACUGCUCCCAAGAUCUGGAAGAGGUCUGGUUCCCCGGAAAUCAUGCAGACACCGGAGGGCUUCAGUUUGACUCUGAAAGAUUGUUGGCAUUCAAAUGUGCCGAUUCGGUGGAUGAAUUAUCUAAUAUGGACUACGAGUCCGCACUCGUCGAUUCAAGCAUAAAAGCCCUACUGUAUUCUUGCCUGGACUUUGGUCCCGGCGUCGCUAAUGCCACCGUUUUGGCGUGGCGUCUGAUGGAGUAUAUCCCCCUUAGAUGGGCUGCACUCCAGUCGAACGGCAGGUGGAAACUGGUGCAUUGGCCACUGCACCGAGGGACACCGCGCGAUACACCGCGCGAUGCUAAGUUCCACGGCUCGAUAAUUAGACGAAUGGAGGCGAAUCCCACUCCUGAGAAUUAUGGGAUCGGUGACUGGGAAAUCUGUGAUAAUGAAGGGGUUCUGGUACGGGAGACAUACAGGGGGAAGAGUAUUCAAGCUUGA